AUGGCCGCCACUGCGACUGCGACCAAGUCGCUCAUCAGCGAAUCCGCUGCAUGGAGCGGCCUCAAGAAUAUCCCUGUGACUCGCGCUGCUGCUUCGCGGAAACUUGUCGUUCGUUCUCCUGCCAAAUCAUCAGUUUCCGUUCGAGCUGCUGCAGCUGGCCCCACGCAUUUCCUCCAUAUUGACGACUUCGAUAAGGAUUCUAUCCUCCACAUCCUCAACCGCGCCAAAGAAGUGAAAGCGAUCAUCAAGUCUGGCGACCGCUCCUACCAGCCCCUUAAGGGUCACACCAUGUCGAUGAUAUUCACGAAGCCCUCCAUGCGCACUCGCGUGAGCUUCGAGUCGGGCUUCUUCCUGCUGGGCGGCCACGCGCUCUACCUCGGCCCCGACACCAUCCAGCUGGGCAAGCGUGAGGAGACGAGGGACAUCAGCCGCGUGAUCAGCGGGUACAAUGAUAUCAUCAUGGCCCGGCUGUUUGCCCACCAGGACAUCAUCGAUCUGGCCAAGUACUCGAGCAUCCCCGUGGUGAACGGGCUGACGGACUACAACCACCCGUGCCAGAUCAUGGCAGAUGCCCUCACCAUUAUUGAGCACCUGGGGCAGAUCGAAGGCAUGAAGGUGGCCUAUGUGGGUGAUGGCAACAACAUAGUGCACAGCUGGCUGCGCCUGGCAGCAGUCAUCCCCAUGCACUUCCUCUGCGUCUGCCCAGUGGGGUUCGAGCCCGAUGCCGCCACCGUGGAGCGAGCGAGAGCAGCGGGGAUCAGCACAAUCGAGAUCACGAAUGAUCCGGUGGAGGGGGUUAAGGGGAGUAAUGUGGUGUACACGGAUGUGUGGGCGAGCAUGGGGUAUAAGGAGGAGGCCGAGACACGGAAAAAGACUUUCCAGGGCUUCCAGGUGUGUUGGGGGAAGGGAGGGAACGCAGGCCUGGGCGUCCCCUUCCCUCUCCUUCCUCUCCCAUUUUCCCUCAGUCAGUCGACCCAUCCCCCCACUCCAGCUUCAUCCGCCUCGCCCGCGCGUCGCUCGACCCCCUUCACUGGUUUCAGCACACCUGUGGCAACACUGUCGCUCGCCCGCCUGCCCAAGCCUCUCCCAUGCUUGCAUGCAGGCGGCAGCCUUUCAUUUUUUCAUCAACCAGGCAAGAAUUCAAUUAAAACCGGGGUGCACAUUCAGCUGAAUGUGCAUCAAAGCCUUUCCUACCUUCCCGCCUCGUCUGCUUUACGAACCGCCCGUCCCAAUCAAAUCAUCGCGACCAAAGCAUCGUCUCCGGAUCUCUCUCCUUACCAAUUUUCUCUCAAAUCUCCUCUCUCGGCGGGCGGCGCGAUGGUGCUCGGGCAGCUGCAGGCGAAGUACCAGGAGAUCGAGGGGCGCGCCAAGGCGUGGGUCGCGCGCCAGCCGCCGCCCGUGGAGGUGGCGAUCGUGGCGGCGGCGAGCGCGCUUCAAGGCGGCGCGAUCGGCGCGAUGAUGGGCAGCCUGACGUCGGAGGCGGCCGGCAGCAUGCCGUCGCCGGCCACCAUGCCGGGAAUGACGCCGGAGGCCGCGGCGUCCAUGAAGCAAAUGCAGGCGCUGACAGGGGGCCCGUGGACGCAGGCGCGAAACUUCGCGGUGAUGACGGGCGUGAACGCGGGCAUCACGGCCGCCAUGAAGCGCGCCCGAGGCGGCGUCGAGGACCUGCAGACGAGCGCGGUAGCAGCGUUUGGGUCGGGAGUGGCGUUCUCGGUGGUGAGCGGGGUGGGCGGGCCGGCAGGCAACUCGGUGCUGAACGCGCUUUCCACCGGUGUUGGCUUCGCCAUCUUCCAAGGCGCCUUCUUCCAGCUGGGCAAGGCGUUUCAAGGCGAGGGCGAUGCAGCACCAUCAGAGUACCUGGAGUCGAAGGCCAUGCUGCAGGAGCUGGGGCUGGGCAAGUACGAGAAGAACUUCAAAAAGGGACUCCUCACUGACCGCACACUGCCUCUGCUGAACGACAGUGCACUGCAGGAGGUGAAGAUCCCUCCCGGCCCUCGCCUGAUCAUUCUCAACCACAUUCAAAGGUACUGCGCCCUCCUUACAGUCACCCUCAUAGAGCGCAAAGGUGCUACGGGCAAGCACCCUCCACUGCCAAGCCCAGCAGCAGCAGUGGAGCCAUCGGCAUAG